UUGAGGGCCCGAGGCGGAGGGUGGCGGCCGAGCGCACAGCGAGUCCGCCGAGUCUGGGAAGUGGUGCCGCGGCCGCGCGGGGCGGGCGGCGAGCGGAGCCGGCCAGAGCGGGCCGGGCAGCGGCCGCCGCCGUCCCCGGGCGUGCGGGCGGCGCGGGCAGGAGGAUGGAGCUGAAUUCCCUGCUGAUCCUGCUGGAGGCGGCCGAGUACCUGGAGCGCAGGGACCGAGAGGCCGAGCACGGCUACGCCUCAGUGCUGCCCUUCGACGGCGACUUCGCCAGGAAGAAAACAAAGGCGGCCGGCCUGGUGCGCAAGGCCCCGAACAACAGGUCUUCACACAACGAGCUAGAAAAGCACAGACGAGCCAAACUCAGGCUCUACCUGGAGCAGCUCAAGCAGCUGGUGCCCCUGGGCCCCGACAGCACCCGCCACACCACGCUGAGCCUCCUGAAGCGUGCCAAGGUGCACAUCAAGAAACUGGAGGAGCAGGACCGCCGGGCACUGAGCAUCAAGGAGCAGCUGCAGCGGGAGCAUCGCUUCCUGAAGCGGCGCCUGGAGCAGUUGUCAGUGCAGAGCGUGGAGCGUGUGCGCACAGAUAGCACAGGCUCUGCUGUCUCCACGGAUGACUCGGAGCAAGAAGUGGACAUAGAGGGCAUGGAGUUUGGUCCCGGUGAGCUGGACAGUGUUGGCAGCAGCAGUGACGUGGAUGACCACUACAGCCUGCAGAGUGGUGGCAGCAGCGACGGUGGCUACGGGCCCCAUUGCCGGCGGCCUGGCUGCCCUGGCCUCUUGUAGGCCCUGUGCCCUCUGCUCCUGGCCUGCCCACCUGCCCAGCCAAGCGUGUCAGCCCUCCAGGCCUCCCUCGACUGACGUCAGCCUUGCCACAGGCCCACCACUGUACCAUUCUGGAAGCUCCAGCUGCUGCCUGGGUUGCCCACCUCUGCCCACUCGCUGGUCAGGGCCCGCUGAGCCACCCGACCCUGCCAGCUGGACAGGGCCCUCUGCAGGGAGGCAGGGCCUAGUUCCUGCAUCCUGGAGCCCAGCGUAGCCACCCAUGGUCUGUUCUCAGAUUCCUAAGCAUUCCAGAAGUAUUAAAUGUCAUUGCUGCAAACCUCGGC